UCCCGCUCACAGUCUCAAGACCGUUCUGAAUCGCCAGAGAUACGACUUCCAGGAGGUGCAGCACCGAUUUCUGAGUCUGAUUACUUCCUCAAGAGCGCAGAAUUUCGCGUAUGGUUGAAAGAUGCUAAGCACAAGUAUUUCGACGAGCUGUCUGGAGAGAGGGCCAGAAAGUACUUUCGCAAAUUCGUUAAGGAAUGGAAUCGGGGAAAGCUUGAAAGAGCGCUAUAUUCGGGUGUAGACCCGUCCUCCCCGACUGCAUAUUCUCACACCAAAUAUAAAUGGUCCUUUGCUUCCAAAAGUUCAAAGGCCGACUCUCAAGCACUCGAAGCUGCGCGCGCAGAGGUCGGCGCUGCGACCUACGGCGGUGGCCGUGUAUCGAGCAGUUCUGGUCCGAGCGGGAGCGGCCGCGUGCAAGGCCCAACAUUGCCCUCUCCAGCCGACCUUAUCAUCGCGCGCGAAACAGCGGACGAGUUUCGUGCAGCAGAACGGGAAUACAAGCGCAAGCGAGAUCGCGCAGAGGCAAAAGAUCGCGUUGAAGAUGCGGUCGGGCCGAGGGAAGUCGGUCGUGAGCGUCUUAUGGAGAAGAAACGCGAGAAGAGGGAAGGUGACCGUAUGUUCCGUGAGAGAGCGGAAGAUGGAUUGGAAGCGGACGAGGGCACGCUCAUGGGUGGAGGGGACAGCUUCAAGGAACAGAUUGCCCGGAGAGAUGCCGCCAGAAAGAGAUUCGAGGAGAAGCGGGGCGGUCCAAGAGAGGAGAAGAUUGCGGCAGUCCGGGAGAGAACAACAGCAAUCCGAGAGAAAGACAAGGCAACUAUGGAUAUGUUCAUGCAGAUGGCAAAAGCGAAAUACGGCUGA